UUCGUCAUCUAGUAUAAUAUAGAUAUCUGUGUUUCUUACCGUCACUAUCUCGUGCCGUCAAGGGUUCAGUCAUCGGCGUCAUUCGCUCAAACGCUCUUUAUUAUUUAACCGUUUACGCGUGAACGACCUUUCCGCCCAGCUUUUGUCCUAUCGAUCCGUUCCCGAAGUAGUUUUCGUCGCAGUCUAUGUCGUUGUUCCCGUACGAUUGGAUUUUAUCCCGACAACGGGCGUAAUGGAUUUCGUCAAACUUUCGUUUGGACACACCGAUCCCACUGCUCCGCUUGUUGUGUAUACUAUUUAGCUGAAAAAUGGCUGCAGAUGCUUAUUCUGAACGUACGUUCAUUAUGGUCAAGCCAGACGGUGUUCAACGUGGCCUAGUCGGCAAGAUAAUCAAGCGCUUUGAAGAAAAAGGGUUCAAAUUAGUCGCCAUGAAGUUCAUGUGGGCAUCCGAAGAAUUAUUAUCAAAACACUAUGCUGAUCUAUCAAGCAGACCAUUCUUCCCCGGCCUUGUCAAAUACAUGUCUUCUGGACCAGUAGUCCCAAUGGUAUGGGAAGGUUUGGAUGUUGUUAAAACUGGACGAUUUAUUCUUGGUGCAACUGACCCAAAAAACUCUAACCCAGGUACAAUUAGAGGUGAUCUAUGUAUCCAGGUUGGCCGUAAUAUUAUUCAUGGUUCCGAUGCUGUAGAAUCAGCCAACAAAGAAAUUUCUCUGUGGUUUUCAGAGAAAGAAGUAGUGUCGUGGUCAAGAGCCAGCGAUGCAUGGCUAUAUGGUGAAAAUUAAAAUACAACUAUGAAGUGAUUUAAUAAGCUUAAAAAUAAACCACAAUUCAGAUA